GCGAAAGCCAAAAGGUGCAGAGGGGUUCCUAUUGGCUCUCAGUCUCUUGCUGUCUCCCGCUGAGUUGCAUUUGAAGCAAGGCAGUGAACAAGAGGAUCACUCUCAGCUGAACUGUUAGAAGGCUGGGGUUUUUUUGCAGAGAGAGCAUUCUUGCACAUUUCAACCCAUUGACUUCACGUUCCAGCAAAAAACAGGCACCGGGUUUUUUCUGCCCUCAUUCCUCACUAAUAUCUUUUGUUGUCCGAAAGAGUAACCCUUGACUUUUCUUGGGACUCCCCACUUCUGGAGGGCUGCAUUUUGUUAGGCAAACCUGCCCCUUCAUGAUGAAGCUGUUUGUACGUUUGUGCCCGUGGAAGGCCGUUGCCACGGCGCUGAUGGUCAUGUCCCUGGCAUCUCUGACCCGAUCCUCGGAAUAUGAGUACCUGGGCUGGAAGUCGGACUUGUUCAACAAUGGGCGCAUCUACGACAAGCCGCCGCAGUGCGUGGAAAUCCCGGACGACCUGCGACUGUGCCACAGUGUUGGGUACGGCCAGAUGCUGCUGCCCAACCUGCUGGAGCACGAGACCAUGACUGAGGUCAAGCAGCAGGCAGGCAGCUGGGUACCCUUGGUGCACAAGAACUGCCACCCAAGUACCCAGGUGUUCCUGUGCUCUCUGUUUGCACCCGUCUGCCUGGAUCGGCCCAUCUACCCGUGCCGGUAUCUCUGCGAAGAAGUGCGAGAUGCCUGCUCGCCCAUCAUGGAGGCCUUCGGCUUCCCUUGGCCCGAGAUGCUGACAUGCGACAAGUUCCCUCAGGGUGACGUGUGCAUCAGCGCGCCAAAUGACACCAAACCCUCCGUAGCCACUGGUUUGCCUCAGGUUUGCCCUCCCUGUGACCAUGCAGUGGAUGCGGAUGGUAUUCUGGAACACAUAUGCGCUAGCGAGUUUGUCAUCAAGACCAAGAUCAAGGAGGUGAAACGGGAGAACACGGACCGCAAGGUGAUCCUCCAGAAGAAGAAGAAGGCCCUGAAGAUGGGCACACUGAAGAAGAAAGACAUGAAGAAGCUCAUACUGUACCUGAAGAACGGCGCCGACUGCCCGUGCUCGCAGCUGGACAACCUGAGCAACAGCUACCUCAUCAUGGGCCGCAAGGCAGACAAGCAGCACAUCAUCACUGGCAUCUACAAGUGGGACAAAUCCAGCAAGGAGUUCAAAAAGACCAUGAAGAAGUUGCGAAACCACAAGUGUCCUGCCUUUGAGAAUGUCUUCAAAUAAUCCCUCGAUGUUCCAUCCUACUUUAAUGAACUUGCACAUCCCCAGCAACCCCAAAUAAUGUCCCUCCCCCCCACUUUGUUUUAUAUACAGUAUAUAUUAUAUAUUUCUAUGUGUAUUUUUCAGAUCAACACUCGGGUCUGUGCUGUUUAAGAUAGAGGACUCUUAACUGGAGUGAUUCACGAAUGGUACAGCUGAUCCACUAUCCAAAUGAUCGCUAAUGUAUAUAUCCAUAUCUCUCUCGAAUGGGUUGUAAAAUGACCAGAAUGCUUAUCAAAUGUUUCUGUUAAAUUCCCUUCUUUCUUUGAACGAUAUUUCAAUAGUUAGAAACCCGCUUCUAGGUUUUUGGAUGGUUUUGG